AUGGUUGUCGCUGUUUGGCUUAUCUACCUGUCCCGCAACCUUACCUUACCUGCAUGCCUUCCAAGUUUAUGUGUCGGACCCCAAAAAUCAAAGCGGGAGGACGAGCGUCGUCGCACCCCCGAGGACUGGUUGAACCUACACCCGUUCGGUGUAUUGACUCCACGUACGCCUUGGAAGGAGGACUACCUUUUCAAAGGCGGCAUCAACCCACGGAAGCUCCUGUCACCUGAGCAGCUGGAUGGCCUUCGCGAGCUUUUCCGCGCCGCUGUAGGGGCCCGGGUGCUCGCGAUUGGUUUGCUGGUCAUUCUGUUCGAAUCGCUCUCUGGUAUCCGAGAUGUUUACUAG